AUGACCAUGAUAUCCAUGUUGUUAGCUCCCGUGGCUUUAUCGUUCAUCGUUUACCAUCUCCUCGUCGAUGGUGCACCCAAAGGGCUCCCUCGCAUCGGUAUACGUGGAGGAAUCAGUUACUUUAUCACGGCACUACGAUUCACCAUAAACACCGAACAGGUUCUAAAUGAAGCUCGCAAACUCUUUGCAGGUCGUUCAUUCGCCGUGCCGUCCCUUUCUGGCUGGGUGAUUGUCCUUGAUCCCCACCACCUGGAAACUUUGCGUUCCAGCGAUGACACGAUUUUUAAUCAACCCACUCAAGUCAGCGAAAUGCUGCAAUUCGAUCAUCUCUUAAAUUCCAAUCAACAGGCCACCCCUUUCCAUAUGUCUACUGUACGAAAGGAAUUCACCAAAGGAAUUCCUCAAUUGCUCCCAAAUAUAUUGGACGAGACGACCGUCGUACUGGGACAGGCCUUGAAGCUACUUCCUGGUUCUGAAUAUACUGAGUUGCCAGUAAUGCACGACAUACCGUACAUAGUCGCCCGUAUCACCAACCGUGCCAUCGUGGGCACGGACCUAUGCCGAAACGAGGGUUUCAUUAAAGCAGUUGUUCACUUCGCCGAAACCGUCUUCGUCCAUGGGCGAAUCCUGCUUUGGACCCCCGUCAUCUUACGACCCCUAGCCUACUUUAUUUUAUCAUCCGUUUGGGGCGGCUCAAAGCAACCGCUGGCUUUCUUGAAACCGUACUUCGCUAAGCGUCUGGAAGAGCGAACACUUUCUGAUGAUCAUCCUUUCAACCUCGCAGAGCUCCUUAUCAAUGAUGUACCUCCGCAUCUGGCCUCAGACAUAGACGAUCUAUCCAUGAGGAUUUUAAAUAUCAACUUUGCCAGCAUACAUACCAGCUCGCUCUUCUUUGCUCAUACUCUAUUUGAGGCGGCUCAGAUGUCCCCUGAGGACAUUGACAGCAUCAGGAUCGAAGUUGAACAAGCUCUCGAACAAGAGGGCGGCUGGACCAAAUCUGUGCUGAAUAAAUUCACGAAGAUCGACAGCAUUUUAAGAGAAAUCGCUCGCUUCCACGGUUUGACUUUGUUUGGCAUGAGUCGCCGGACUAUCGCAGAUGGCCUUUUGUCUGAUGGAGUCGUCAUACCCGCUGGCCACGAGGUCGCUUUCGAUGUCAGACGUAUCCAUUUUAACCCUGAAGUGUACCGCGACCCCUACCGUUUCGAUCCAUUCAGGUUUUCCAAGAUCAGAGCAGAGACCGAUUGUGGUGCGAAAUAUGGGUUUACGACGGUGGAUAACCAUUUCUUGCCCUUUGGCUUAGGUAGACAUGCCUGCCCAGGGCGAUUCUUCGCAUCAAUGCAGCUCAAAGUCAUAAUAGCCUACUUCCUUCUGAAUUACGAUAUCAAAUUUCCCGCUGGUCAGACCACCCGACCGAAGAAUGUGGUUUUUGCUGGGGCGAUCUUCCCGCCUUUGAAUGCGCAUCUGUUGGUCAAACCUCGAAGAAGGAAUACGGCUUAG